AGGAAAUUUGAAACCCAAGUCGGCUUAACUGACGCCGACUGAGCGCCAGAAUGUUUGCUAGCGCUGCCGACUUUCGCCACGGAAGAGACCGAAGCCAACCCAUAAACACAACAAGUGGAGCAGCGGAGAACUCGAGGAAGGCCUCCGUUGAAGUUGUCUUGUGUGACGCGCAGUCAUGGCUUCAAGUCUUCUCGCUGGAGUCAAACGGGACGAAAAGGGAAGAAACAUCCAAGUGGUCGUCAGAUGCAGACCUUUCAACACGGUGGAGCGCAAGUCCUCCUACAACGUCAUCGACUGCGAUCCAAGCAGGAGGGAAGUUCUAGUGAGGACGGGGGGCGUCGUCGACAAGUCGUCCAAGAAGACGUACACCUUCGAUAUGGUGUUCGGACCCGCCGCCAAGCAGAUUGACGUGUACCGAAGCGUGGUGUGUCCCAUCCUGGAUGAGGUCAUCAUGGGCUACAACUGCACCGUGUUUGCUUAUGGCCAGACGGGAACGGGGAAGACAUUCACCAUGGAGGGAGAAAGAAGUCCGGACGAACAGUUCACCUGGGAGGAGGACCCCCUUGCCGGCAUCAUACCGAGGACUCUCCACCAGAUCUUCGCGAAGCUGUCCGAGAACGGCACGGAGUUCUCCGUCAAAGUGUCGCUGCUGGAAAUCUACAACGAGGAGCUGUUCGACCUGCUCAGCCCCAGCGAGGACGUCAACGAGCGGCUGCAGCUCUUCGACGACCCACGGAACAAGCGUGGCGUUGUGGUCAAAGGUCUGGAGGAGGUGACCGUUCAUAACAAAGACGAGGUCUAUCACAUCCUGGAGAGAGGAUCCGCCAAGAGGAGGACCGCCUCCACACUCAUGAAUGCCUACUCCAGCCGCUCGCAUUCGGUCUUCUCGGUCACCAUUCACAUGAAGGAGUUGACACUUGACGGCGAGGAGCUGGUCAAGAUCGGCAAACUCAACCUGGUGGACCUGGCGGGUAGCGAGAACAUCGGCCGCUCUGGCGCGGUGGACAAACGGGCACGGGAGGCGGGAAACAUCAAUCAGUCUCUCUUGACACUGGGCCGCGUCAUCACGGCUCUGGUGGAGAAGAGACCUCACGUCCCGUACAGGGAGUCCAAGCUGACGCGCAUCCUGCAGGACUCGCUGGGGGGACGCACCAAGACCUCCAUCAUCGCCACCGUGUCACCAUCUUCCAGUAAUCUCGAGGAGACGCUGAGCACGUUGGAGUACGCCAGCAGGGCAAAAAAUAUCAUGAACAAGCCCGAGGUGAACCAGAAGCUCACCAAGAGGACGCUCAUCAAGGAAUACACGGAGGAGAUCGAGCGCCUCAAGCGAGACCUGGCCGCCACCAGGGACAAAAAUGGCGUCUACCUGUCAAUGGAAAACUACGUGAGCAUGAUGCAACAGAUCACCGCCAACAACGAACACGUCACGGAGUACACUGAACGCAUCGCCGCCAUGGAGGACGAGCUUAAGAAGGUGAGCGAGCUGUUUGCAGACGGUAAAAGUCAGCUGGAGCACUGCGCCGCCGAGCUGGACGACAAGCAGCAGCGACUGGAGGAGACCAGCAGAGACCUUGAGGCCACAAAAGAGAAGCUGGCCGAGGAGGAGUUCAUCGCCGGAGAGUUUCACUCGGCCCAGGAGGAUCUCUACAGCACCGCCGCGCAGCUGCUGAACACGGCGGAAGCCAGCACCAGCGACGUCUCAGGUCUGCACGCCAAGCUGGACAGGAAGAAGCUGGUGGAGCAGCACAACGAGACCGCGCAGCAGAGUUUCGCCGAGCGCAUGUCUGCAGCCUUCAGCGACGUGCAGCGCGGCGUCCAGCAACAAGGCGACAAACAUCGACGCGUCCUCUGCGACUACUCGCAGGCUAUCGGCGAUGUUCUGACGGGCAGCACGGCGGCGCUGACGAGCGCUGUGAGCGGCGUGGGAGGCCUGGCGGACGGCGUCGGGCGGCUGGUGGGCGAGGGCGUGGAGCGCUGGCAGGAGCGCGUGCGGCGGCACCAGGGGCUCAGCCAGCGGGCCAAAGAGGUCCUCAAGGAGUUUCUGGAGGAGCACCAGAGGGACAUGAAGGAAGUUCUUCAGGGUCAAACUCUGUUGGGUUUUUCAGUGCUCCAGGAGCUGACCGCCUCCCUGAGGAACACCACAGAGGCGCAGCAAGCCCUGGCUGACGAGGUUGAUGCCAUGAAGCAGACGGGCCAGUUCUUCAGCAGCCUGGUUGCCGACCUGGCGGCCCUGCGUGAGGCCACAGUCCAGAAUCUGAAUGCCCUACAGGACAAACACGACCAGCUGGAGGACCAGAUCCGAAAAACAAAGGAGAUGAACCAGAAGAGUCUCAAGCAGACCAUCCAGAUGCUGCAGGACCAGCUCAACCUUCUGGCCAGAGAGUCGAGUGAAGACUACGAGAACCUGAGCUUGUCCUGCAGAGCCCUGAAGACUCCCCUUCAGAACCUUCAGGAGAGCCUGAGCAGUGGCUGCGGCUCAGUGGAACAUCAGGCGUCCACGCGGGCCCGACUCCUGUGUUCCACCUCCUCGUCGCUGGCCUCCAUGCUGCGGGUCCACGUUGACGAGAGCCAGCGGGUCUUGGGGGAGGCCGGCGAUUGCUGUGAGCGGCUCCAGCGCGGCGUGUCGGGUGCGCUUCAACGAGACCAGGUUUGGAGCGCCGCGCUGGAGCGGCACGCCGACGAGCGAGCCCGGGAGCUCCUCUCCCUGGCGGCCGAGGGGUUUGCUGACGCCCAGACCCUCAGUCAGAGCGUGAAGACGUACGGCGCAGAGCGGCUCAGCGCGUUGGAGGCGGAGCUAAGGGCCCGCCAGGAGGAAGCGAAGCGGGCCUCGGAGAACCUGCGAAGCCGGACCUCCUCGGACGGCGCCGACCUCGACCGGCGGCAGGCCGACAUCCUGGAGCGGGUGGAUGCCAGUCAGCGGCUGGUCCGAAACUUCCUGCUGGAGGAGCUGCGCCACGACAUGCCCACCGGUCAGACGCCGCAGAGGCGCAACUUCGUGUACCCGCGGCAGAUGGCGAAGGCGGCGAGCCGCGCGGACAUCCUGGAGAGUCUGAGGUGGCAGCAGGACCAGCUGAAGGCGACCACUGAGGAGGAAGACGACCAUGACGACGACGAAGAGUCCAAGGAGGAGGACGACGACGACGACGACGACAAAUGCAGCCAGGGCUCCCUGGAGGACGAGCUGAGCGCGUGCAACGAGACCGUGGCCGCCGAGGAACCCUUCAUCGACGAGAACCUGGUCUUCAACGAAAGCAAGCGCGUUCCCUUCUUCAAGAAAAAGAAGGCCAACAGGAAAGGGAGGAAGAUCCCCGGCAGGCCCAAAGUGUCCGGCAGCCAGGCCACGCCCACCCCGCAGAAGUCCAAACUCCCGCUGCGCUGUCAGAACUGAAAAACCGUUUUAGCAGGUUUCCUUUUAGCUGCCUUUUUUUUUUUUUUGUGCUUGUUUUUCCAAUCUGUUUUACUGUGUAAAAGGAAAGCUUUUUACACGUUCUGUGCUUUUAGUUUUUGUUGUGAAAUAAACAAUUUCAACGCAAAGGAGUGCGCACAGCUGAAGAAACUGAGAGCCUCCAGGAGGAAACGUCCACGCUUUGUCAUGUCCCACCGGUGGCGGUGCUCGCGACCCCUCCAUGCCCCUUGGCUCCAUGGUUGGGGUGGGGGUGCUCCAUUUAGUAAAUAUCAGUCACAUAGUGACAAGUAUUGGAUCAUGUAAGCAUAGUUACAUCCAUUAUCAUUUUUUUUUUACAGGUACAUCAAAAAAAUAUAUGGGAAAAAGGCAUUUCAGAAUGAAAUUUCCAUGUGAUCAUUACACAUAGAUUGAAAGAU